AUGUGCCAUCAGAUGGCGCUCGAGCACGAAUCGAAGGCGAAGGACAAGGCAGCCGCCUCCUCUCCGGCUUCCUCCGGCAGCAGCUCACCGGCGGUACAGGUGCCGAACGCUACGAGUGGCCACAUGCGCGACGCUAACGUUCCGAUCAUCUGGGUUCUCGGUGGACCGGGCUGUGGCAAGGGCACCCAGUGCGAGAAGAUCGUGGCCAAGUACAACUUCUCGCACUUCAGCACGGGUGAUCUGCUGCGCGAUGAGGUCGCUUCGGGAUCAGAGAAGGGAAAGGAGCUGCAGGACAUGAUGAAGAAGGGUAUCCUGGUGCCGAACGAGACCGUGCUGAAGCUGCUCGAGGCCGCCAUGGUGAAGGCGUUGAACGGUACCGUUGGCUAUCUGAUUGAUGGCUACCCGCGGGAACCUGCCCAGGGUCCGGAGUUUGAGAAGUUCAUCGCCCCGGUAGACAUCGUCCUCUACUUUGAGUGCUCCAACGAAACGCUGGUGGCUCGCAUCUUGAAGCGCGCGGCCCAGUCGGCCACGGUUCGUGCCGACGACAACGAGGAAACGCUGAAGACGCGCAUCGCCACCUUCCGGGAGAACACAGAAAAGAUUCUGGUGCAGUACCCGACCCAGCUGAAGCGGAUCAACGCCGAGCGUGCCCCGGAAGAAAUCUUCGCCGAUGUUGAGAAGGCCAUCGACGAGCUGCUGGUGAAGAAGGGCAAGAAGUAAGCGCUGGUGACGGCAAGCCGAUGCACAUCGCUGUCGAACGCAUGCAAUCCAGCCAAGCUGCACAAUCACACAAAUACACAAACGCUUGCACUCGCGUCUUGACUGACCUGCACUAUCAGAGGGAACGGUCAGUUUGAAGGAGAGUUUGAGGAGUAAGAACACGCUACUGCGAAUGCUGUUACACAAUAAGCCGGUCACGGAAGAAUGACCACGACAGGGCAGACAAACAAUUACGCUUAUCAAUUUCAAUAAUAGUCAUAAGGAAGCCGAGAAGGAAGUGGAGGCAAACCGCAAGUGUUGAGUUUAUUUAACAAAUCAAUUUGUAGCUGUUUAACUGAAAGUCUACCGUGUUGUAGUAAUCACUCGAGUGAAGCCAAAGAUAGCCCUUCUACAUGUUGCCGUUUGGACGUACCGAACGAUCGUUCUAAUAAAU